GGGGGAAACUUUAGUAUACGAUCCCACGAUUUCAGGGUUAAAAGUGGUAUGGUUGGAUAGGGCUGAUGCUCCAGAUUAAGAAAAUAUAUAAUUGUUGCCGCCGCAAACUUAUAGUUUCCGAGAUAUUUCCAUUUAAAGUUGAAAAUUUUGCAAAUUUUAUCUUGCAAUUUCUCGAUUGCUAGUAGUUAUUUAAUUCAUAUUAUGCUUUUUUUUAUGCACUAUACUUCAUUACAUUGUUUCUACAUAUUUAUUUUUUAGUAAUUAUUUAGUUAUUUGCUUAAAAUAAGCAUUUUAUAUUUUACACAAUUUUCAUUCCAUGCACAAUAACAAAAGUAUUCCGUGUUUACAGAUAUUAAGUGUUGCCAUAAUUACACAUAUAUCAAACGAAUAAGAAUGGAUAUAAAAACUCAAACGCAGAAAACAAAUACUAUCUGAAAUAAAUUUUCCAUUGUAAUAAGAAAAUUUUUAAGGCUUUAUUGGCGGCCUUCGGCCGCGCUUCAAAAAAAUAACCCUGGCCAAUCCAACACCGGGGUGUAUCAAGUUUUUUUUUAAUUAAAACUCCUUUUCGCGUUGGCGGCCUUCGGCCGCGCUUCAAAAAAAUAACCCUGACCGAUCCAACACCGGGGUGUAUCAAGUUUUUUUUAAGUAAAGCUCCUUUUCGCGUUGGCGGCCUUCGGCCGCGCUUCAAAAAAAUAACCCCGGCCGAUCCAACACCGGGGUGUAUCAGGUUUCUUUUAAGUAAAACUCCUUUUCGCGUUGGCGGCCUUCGGCCGCGCUUCAAAAAAAAUAACCCUGGCCAAUCCAACACCGGGGUGUAUCAAUUUUUUUUAAGUAAAACUCCUUUUCGCGUUGGCGGCCUUCGGCCGCGCUUAAAAAAAAUAACCAUGGUCGAUCCAACACCGGGGUGUAUCAAAAAUCUUGAUAUAUCAAGAAAAAGGGCAAUGAUUUAUGUAUUUGGGGUAUAGUCCUAUUUUUUAUUCAUUUUUAUUCGUUUGAUAAAUGUGUAAUUAUGGCAACACUUAUUAUCUGUCAACACGGAAUACUUUUGUUAUUGUGCAUGGAAUGAAAAUUGUGUAAAAUAUAAAAUGCUUAUUUUAAGCAAAUAACUAAAUAAUUACUAAAAAAUAAAUAUGUAGAAACAAUGUAAUGAAGUAUAAGUGCAUAAAAAAGGCAUAAUAUGAAUUAAAUAACUACUAGCAAUCGAGAAAUUGCAAGAUAAAAUUUGCAAAAUUUUCAACUUUAAAUGGAAAUAUCUCGGAAACUAUAAGUUUGCGGCGGCAACAAUUAUAUAUUUUCUUAAUCUGGAGCAUCAGCUCUAUCCAACCAUACCACUUUUAACCCUGAAAUCGUGGGAUCGUAUACUAAAGCCGACCCAAUCACUGGUCACAGCUGUGACAAGUUUCCUAAAUUAGCGAUGACUGGAAUUAACGAACACAUGGGAAACUUCAACAAAGUAGCAGUCACAGCAUCACAUGAAAAAUUGCGACUGUGACAAAAUAGCAGGGAAAUGUUUAGUAUCGUUUAUGGAGGAAAACAGGGGAGGGCUACCCCCCCUCACGCCCCCUUAUUGGAAAGAGGAAGGAUCGAACUUUUAAAUAAACCCUCCCUCGACCCCCUAGAGCCCCUAUAGGCCUGUAGGGAGCCCUUUGAAAAUGACCAAAAAUCAGUGUUUUUGCUCAUUUUUCCAUACAAACUGAAACCAGUGCAACCCAGCCAAAAUUUUUGUAUGGACAAGAAAUCAAAAUAAAGAAAACCAAAAUGUUUUAGUGCAAUAUAUAUACAUAUUUAAUUGCAUCUAUUAAUGAUACAAAGGGAUCCGGGGUGACAGAAGUACUUUCGUAUAGUACUCCUUUCUGCGAUGGCGGCCUUCGGCCGCGCUCUAAAAAAAUAACCCUGGUCGAGCGAAUACCCGGGGUGACUGAUGUACUUUCGUGUAGUACUCCUUUCUGCGUUGGCGACCUUCGGCCGCGCUUCAAAAAAAAUAACCCUGGUCGGUCCAACACCGGGGUGUAUCAAUUUUUUUCGCAUAGAACUCCUUUUUGCGUGGGCGGCCUUCGGCCGCGCUUUAAAAAAAUAACCUUGGCUGGUCCAACACCGGCUACGCCAUCCACAGUAUUUUAGCACUGAACACCUUUUCGCGUUCACUUCAUACAUUUGUUGCUAACUGGGUUUAAUUUAUUCCCUUUUGUUCGUCCUUUCUCGGCAAUUUGACAGUUCAAAUUAGGCAGUCAUUUUGGUUUUUCGCAUUAUUGAACUUAAUGCAGAAAAAGGUGUAUUUUAUUUAAAGAUUUACAAAGAAAUUAACAAUCAAAAGCAAUUAAAAACUACUAGUGGUUUUUAUAAUUCAGAAGUAAUAUAUGUGCGUGAAAAUGUAUCCAUAAUUGAUUUGGUACAAUGCACAACAGAUGAAAAUACACUAGCAUAUAUUGAGAAAUUUGCAAAAAACAGCAUUUUUUAAAGUGAAGUUUUGGAAAAAUUUGUGAAACGAUUUUUAUAAAAUAUGUUUUAAAAUAAAGUUCAAUAAUUUAAGUAUACAUGCGUGUUUAAAAUUUUCAAUUUGGUUCUCUUGUUUAGGUACAGUGAGCCAAAAUUAACCGGCGCGAUACUAAACCCAACCCAAAUAGCAUUUACAGUGAAAUAUAAAAAAUUGCGACUUGCAAAAUAGCAUUCGGGUAAAAUUUAGAAUAGCUUCCCCGGAUUUCGGGAAUAAAGUGGGUAUCACUGGAAAGGUGGCGUUCUUCAGAUUAAGGAAAUAUAUAUAUAGUUGCCGCUGACUUAUAGUUUUAAAGAUAUUUGCAUUUAAACGUUAUAGUGAAGUGUUAAUAAGUGAAAAGUGCAUAAUAUAAGUGAAAAAGUUAUUCACAAUAUACAAAUUAUCAAUGUAAAAGUUGUCAAUUUUUCAACUUUAAAUGCAAAUAUCUUUAAAACUAUAAGUUAGCGGCAACUAUAUAUAUAUUUUUUUUUUGAUCUGAAGAACGUCACCUUUCCAGUGAUACCCAUUUUAUUCCCGAAAUCCAGGAAUGCUAUUCUAAAUCCCAGCCAUCAAUUGUCGUUUUUUUAUAUGUUGUAAGCAGCUCAAACACCGAAAAGGUUAAAAAUAAAACAAUUUUACAUAAAUUUCGUAAAUAUUAUGAAACAAGGUGAACAUAUAUUUACAUUUUUAUUGGUAAUUAUGUUUUUUGACUAUGUUAAAGAAAAUUUAAUAUUUGGUAUCGAUAUAAUUAUUUUCAUUCAAGUGUAAAGACACCUCUGAAUGAUGAAAUGUAAUAGAUUUUUUGAGUGUCACUUACAGAAUAGCAAAAUCGUCUCAAGUCUCAAAAAUUGUCUCUAACUUUAAGUCUCAAAUUUAGAGACUUGAGACUGUCUCACGUUACAGAAUCACACGGUUAGACACUACAAAGAGAAAAAAAUUUAAACAACCAAUGAAUCUAAUUUCACCCGAAAAUCGACUUAACAAAUGAAAAAAUGUGUCCAUUAUUUCCAUUAUAUGGAAAAUAUUUAAAAGAAAAUGUAUUUUAUUUCGAAAUACUAUAUGAUAAUCUUUUCUUUUGAUAAAUAUUAAGCGAUAUGAAUUCUUGAAUUGCAAGAACAGCUGUUUUUUCAUCUUUCCAACGGCAGUGAGAACGAGCAGAUUAGUGAAUCUAUUCCCUUUAAAUUUUCGGUCGGAACAUAGUAGGGAAUUCUCUUGCUCUUGCAAGAUUACAGAUUGCAAAAAUCCUAUACCAAAAUAUACAAGGGCACGAGAGCACCCAUUGCAGAAUCUAGUGAUAUAUGAACGGCUGAUUCGGUAAAUUUAUUGUAAAUGACUAUUGUGAAUUGGCGCAACUUCUGCAUUCAUUCUUAACAAAAAAACUGUAUCAAAUCUUUAUAAUUUAAAUUGAAAUUAUAAGAUCUAUUUAAAAUUUACCUUCCUGAAAAAUUUAACGUCAAAAUAUGUCUUUAUGCAAAAUGACAGCUAAAACGGGCUUACAAUUAUAUUUUUGCGUGACAUUGCACGCAAAUGAACAAGGGUUUUGGUCUGACAUAUUUUAAAGCCAUUGCAAAUAAUUUUCUGUGUGUGCUUGUUGUGCCGUUGUAUUAGGUGGAAAAAUCUGUAAUUCUUGCACCGUACAAAGAUUUUGCAAGAGCAAGAGAUACCCCUGGUAUCACAUAAAAAGUGCAAUAAUUAAUAAGUUACAUUGGAAUCAUUUUGGAUGUAUGGCUCACACAAUUAAUUUAAUUGUAAGAGAAGGAUUGCGCAUUCCUGAAGUAGAACAAGUAACUGAUAAAGUUAGAGUAAUAGUUGCUCACUUCAAGAAAAGUACUUCAGCGAAUGAAGCGUUUUUCGAAGUUGGAGGAAGCAGUGAAAUGUACAUUGGUAAUUAUAAACAAUCGAAGAAACGACUGGCGCGCGGUUGUUAACUCGGCUAUAAUCGCGUAAGCGGUGUCUACGCCAAUUAAGAAGAAGAAUUAUAAACAAAAAUUUACCUAUAUUAACCAGCGACGAUUGGGCGACUGUUGCUGCUUUUUGAAAAAUUUCAAACCAUUUAGAGAAGCUACAGUAAGCAAUAAUGGUGAAACAUAUCGCACGGAUUUGCUGGUAAUACCAAUCGCAAAUGGUCUAUUAGAUGUGUGUAGACACUUGCGAACUGAAAUAUUUUCAAACAUCAUACAAAAAGUGAUAGAAAUUAUUUUAAAUGGAAUUAGGGAACGUUUUGGCAGUUUACAACACAGCGAUACACUUACGGUAGCUAUUUUUCUCGACACCAGAUUCAAAUUAGUGGCAUUGACUGAUGAAUCGGCAGCACGUAAAACAAAAAAAAAUUAAAAAACGUUAAUAGAAAUGCAAAGGGAAGAAAUAGAAAUUAAGACUGAAAGAACAGAAGAAAAUGUAGAAAAAUCAGUAUCAACAUGGAGUUCUUUCGAUAAAUACUCUAAUGAACAUAAACCACAUAGUAGCGUACUCGUAGAGCAAAAGCCAAUUCAAUUCCCACGACAGCCGGUUCUACGCACCGGAAUUGACUCGGAUGUUAUCCGACCAAGGGCUGUUCUUUCGGCGAUCUAACCCCGUUUGGAUCGGUGAGUAUUAAUCUGUGUUUGUCGUCCUUAGAGCAACGCCUUGCAGCAGGGUUGCUCCGUAUCCUCCUGACUCGUGCUGGCAUUGAGUCCAACCCGGACCCGGAGGAAUUUUUCUGCUGCGUCUGCGCUAAAAGGCUCCAUCCAAACUCCACCUCGAUCAGGUGCAAUACAUGCAAUGGAUGGAGCCAUCUUAAGACCUGCUCAGGCCUUAAGACCCACAGGGAGUGGACCACGCGUUACGUGGCCCCGUGUUGUCUGCGCAAUACUGCGAUACAAGCCUCUACGGCUGUGCAACCUGCACACUGUUCGCGCGCCGCGCCGCCACUCAAUCAGAGUGGCCAACAAAGGACCUCUACGGUCAGGAGCUCAAACAGGCAACACAGCUCCCACUCUGACUUGUCCCCCCCCCCCAACCUUCAUCCCGCUCCAAUCCUCGUGCGAGAACCAAUCAGCAACUCUUGGUUCCUCGCACAGUCUGUUUCGUGUGUCAGACCGUCAUACGUCGGAACGUUGCAUCAGUUAAGUGCAAUUCCUGCACUGGCUGGUGCCACUUCCCGACGUGUUCCGGCCUGCGCACCACACGUGAGUGGAGUGUCACCUACGUUGCCCCAUGCUGCAGGAGUCUGCCCCCGCAACUCACAACAGUGACCUCGCCAACCAACACCCCAGUGCGACAACCGCCCCCGCGGGUUCUGCAGCUGCAACAACCACCACUAACACGUCACUCCCUCACCCCCAGGAUCAUUCACGGACACCCGCGACAAACGAGACUACUUCAAUUCAACUGCAACGGACUCCAGAGCAAGAUCGAGGAGAUAGUUGCACUCACGAAUCGGGAACGUAUAUCGAUAGCUACGGUCCAAGAAACCAAGCUCAACAGCCGCUCAGAACUUCUGAGUUGUGCAGGUUUCAACAUCAUUCGUAAAGAUCGCGAGCGAGAUAAUGGUGGUGGCCUAGCCUUCAUAUUGCACAACACCGUGCAGUAUCGAAGACAUCGACCCCAGGGAUACUACCCUAGAAUGUCAGGGCAUAGCUAUCCGGUCAGGCGAUGUCGAGCUCGAAAUAUUUAAUAUAUACAUUCCCCCAGUUACAUGUUGCCCUACAGGAUAUCACCCGAAUAUAGGCGCGCUACUUCGUGGUGAAAACCGUUUGGUACUAGGCGACUUUAACGCGCACCACGAUCUUUGGCAUUCCUGCCUGUCAAACGAUCGUAGGGGAAGGGAGCUGGCGGAACAGAUUGACGAUUCGACAUUCUGCACAAUGAGUGACGAAGCCCCCACCAGAGUUAUGGGCACCUGUAAUAGCUCGCCGGAUAAUACCAUUGCUAGCGGUGGCCUGAUAAACAGCAUAACCUGGCGACCUAUGCUAACUCUUGCAUCAGAUCAUCUGUUUUAUCCUCUGCGAAUGGUAGGCACCUUGUCGCGGUGCAGGGGCUUAGGCGCAAGGCAUACUCGGCAUCCCCCAACCUGCGUGGCUGGUGCCGAUAGGCACCGCCCAGGCAGGGUGUCGGGUGCCGCAUGCGUGCGCUAACCAAGAGCUACCACCUCCUAAUCCAGGGUGUCAUGCGACCCGUGCCCAUUGGAUGGUUUGCAGCCAGGAGGUAAAUCUGGCUGUAUUAUAACGGAGCCUCCCCAACACCGGGCCGAAUUGGGGUGUAACUGUGGCCUUACCGCGCCAAGGGGCUCUGGCGUGGCUGACCUACUUAGUCCCCAUUUUAAAUAAUAGACCUGACGGCUCACCCUGUUUGAGCCUAGGGUCGGAAGACACAGAUGGACAAACUAAACAAAACAAACAACAAUAAUACGGAUCUAAAGCAACAACAACGGAGAACGGACACGGACAACGAGAAGGAAGCUGACGCAGUAGAAGGUAGAUCGGGUCAAGGAGCCAGACGGAAGGUGGACUUCCUUGACAUUCUCUCGCCGGAGGUACGGGCGCUAUUUGUGGAGCAUGCCAAGGAGGAUAGUGACGACAUGCCCUCAUGCAGCUGUGCAUGCAUGCCAAAAACGCCUGGGGCCGCUGCAGCAGCCACGAGCACCGCCAAGACCCCCGCCGCAAGGCGGAGCGGGUCGGACUCGGGGGAGUCACAUCGGGCAGAGCCUGACGGUGCGCGCAGAAGGAAAAGGAGGCGCAGAAGAGGUGGGCAACGCCCUCUCCCAGAAGCUGGCAAACCCGGAGGGUGUGAUGACCCAAAAAGGAGGGGAAUGAGCGGCGCCAUCAUGAGGUGGUACCUACGGUACCUGCGAGAGGGGAAGACUCCUGAAGCGGCGGAGGCUUUGGCCAGAAGCAGAGGCAAAGGGAGAAAUGUACCCCCAGCAAAGGAGCGUGACGACAUCAGGUCAGCUCGCGCGGAAGGCAGCGGCACCAGUAACCGCCCGGUCGGUGCUACACUGACCGCACGGCGUGGGGAUGGUAGGGCAAUGCCCUCUGAAACGUAUGCCCAAACAGCAAAGCGGAGCAGCGGCCAAAUCACGCCGCAGGAACCCCCCAGCUCCAAAAGGUCUAGGGGCAACGAGAACAAGGCAACCGGUAACCAACAAUCCGGACCGGCUCCCCACCGGGUGGAGGAGGGGCGGCGCAGGUAUGCGGGUGCCGUUAAAGGCAUGCGCAUGGCUGUACUGCCUCAAAACUACCCGGCGGAGGCGCUGAAGCCGGAGGAGCUUACCGUGCUCCAGAACCUCCUCUUGGACGAGGUCUUCAGAGGACAAAACUUCGCGGCGUCCUUUUUGGGGGUGGAGUUUAAGGGAGGUAUGCUGCAGGUGGAAUGCAAGGACGAGAGGUCUGCCAACUGGCUGCGGGAGUUUGCACCAAAGCUGGGAGGUUGGAAGGGUCCGGCCCUAUGCGCGAGGAGGGCGGAGGAUUUGCCCGUCAUGCAUAGCAUGACAAUGUUCCUCCCAAGAAGCGAUGACAGACCAUACGAGUAUGCCCUAGGACUGGUGAAGAACCAGAACUUGGGGCUUAGCACUUCAUCUUGGCGCGUCGCGAGCAGCAAGAUGGAAGAACUAGGUGGAAUGAAGGGCUGGAGGCUAAACCUGUACAUAGACGACGAGUCGUACAAAUACGUCCGGGCAGAAGGAUUCCGCCUGUAUUACAGGUUUAGCACGGUGGUUAUGCGGCCUCACAGGCCCGUAGCCACCGGGAGCAAAGGAGCAGCUAUGCCCGCGAAUCAGGUAGGCAAGAGCAUCGAAAAGCAGGCCGCGCCAUUGGCGGCCCCGGAAGCAGUGCCGAUGCAGGUGGACGAGGUGGCGGAUCAGCCCGGCGGAAGUGGGACUGUGAGGGCAGUGCCAGCAACGACCACCGACGUCCCAGCAGAGGACCACUGCGACCAGGGAGCAGAGCUCCCCUCAACACAGGAACUCCUGGACGGGUUAGAUGACCCAUUGGAUGGUGGCGAGAUCGCCGGCGGGGAAGAGGGAGAGCCCUUCCUCGAACCGGUAUUAUGACGGCCGUCCAUAUGGAGAUUGCCCAGGUGAACCUGCAUCACGCGGCGGCAGCUUCAGCUGUAAUAACGAGCAGGUUCACGGUAGAGAAGCUGGGACCCGCAAAGGAGAGGUUAAAGGCCUCAAAACGGAGUCAAAUAAGAGUUCCUGACGCAGGAUCUGGUGGCGGUGCAAGCCAGGGACUUUGAGGACAAAGACUUCGUCCUGGCUUCAGCCUACUUCCCAGGGGAAGCAUCCACGGCACCUCCAGAGGUGGUGGAACGGCUUGUGGAUCACUGUAGCAGACAUGGGCUUCCCUUGAUUAUAGGCUGUGACGCGAACGCCCACCAUCUGGAAUGGGGCAGCACCAACUGCAACGCAAGGGGGGGGUUCCACUCCGAACCUUAGGCACCUUCAGCACGGUAAAUCCCUAAAGGGCAAAGAGAAGCUCUCUUCAAGCAGGAGCCGUACAGCCAUCCAUCUCCAGCCUCAAAGAGACAUGCAGGAAUUCCGCUUCUGUCGCUAGACGUAACAGCAAGGAUCGGAGGCGCAGCAUGGUUAAUGCAACCCAGUUAGUAAAAGGACCGCACUACUGACUGCAACACGGCAAACUGAAAAACGGAAGAGCGGGCAAAAAAAAAAAAGAAAUCAGUCACAGGCGAUCGGAGAACUCCAAAUAAGAACUAAGUAGUUUAAGUUACCCUCGGCAGUAUCUAAAUGGAAUGAUUCUCCGCUUUUAUUUUUACUAAUAAGUGGCAGAACAAUUAAGUAGUGUACUAAGGGUUAGAAAACAUCGGGAGGUAUUGGUGCAGGGCCUCAUCUCCACGUAUAUAAGUUUAUGGAAGUUUUGCAGCAGCGUUUCAAAAACUAGACUACUCCAGUUGUUCAAAUAUCAUUGAACAUGCUUACUUAUCAGCAAAGCCGAAAUUCUACGAAAUAGAAAUAUCUAUUUAUAUAUUAAUAUACAUACACACAUAAACAACUAUAUGCAUUUAAAUGCAAUGUGCAUCUAAUAAUAAUAAAAAUGCAUGGGACAGAAAUCAUAAAUUUUCAGAAUAGAUAACAUCACACACACACAUAUAUGUAUUAAAUUGUACACUUCAAAACAACCUCAUGUUAAGCAGCAAUAAACAAUAUGCUGCAAUACAUAUAAACAUACACACAUAUACAUAUAUUUAGUUAUUUAAGAUAGCUUUAAAAUUUGUAUAUAAGUAAGGAAAAUACUAAAUAAAAAUAAGAAUGAAUAAGUUCUCCCUCGAGAUAAGACGUUUCAUUUCCCCCACCAGAGGUAAGGAUUGUAAGAAACUAUAUUUGAGGUAUUAACAUUUUGGUCCUUUGCUCGACCAAAAUUAAAAAGUCCUGUAUUUACAAAACAGGCAAAAUACAAAAAAGCCCUGUUCAAAAUACAGGCAAAUUAAAACAAAAAUAAUUGUAAGACGGGUGUAUAUUCCCGCAUAUUAACAUCAUGACAAAUAAAGUCAAAUCAGAUACAUUUGAUUUGGAUCUUGGAAUCUUCAUAUUCAAGAGGAAAAUUCAAUUCCUCAGAAAAGUAAUGAAUGAUCUCCACAAAAUCACUACAAUAAAAAGUGAUGAUAUUAAACAUUUGAAAAUUGUGUUUCUUCAAAUGCACAAUUUUCACACAAUGUACUUUUCAAACAUUUUUCUUGAAGUAGAAAACUUGUAUUUUGAAAUAACGGCGGAGUAUUUCCAAAAUCUCAAACUUUGUAAGUCGAGAUUUAAAGAAGAAGAGCCCGAAAUUACGUACAGUUCUCUUCAGCGUGAUGUGCUGUUGGAAGAUUAUACGAUAGAAAAAGAACCAGUAAUUUUGUACCGUUUUGACUCGGAUUUAAAAUGUACAAAGGUUCCAAUCUUUUAUCUACCUUGUAUAUAUCUAUCUUCUUCUGAGGAAGAAACAGCAGAAGUAAUAGAGGAAAAUAGAAAGGAAAAUGAAGUUGAAGAAGAAUCAAUUGAAGAACUUCGUAAACCUUCAAAAACUGAAGAAAAACUUAUAAGAGUUCGACUACUCUCUCCAUCUUCUGUUGAGAAAAAAAACAACAGAAAUAAUAGAGAAAGAUAAAAAGGAAAAACAAAAUGAAUUGGUACCUUCGCACUUAUCUCUUCCGGCAGUCUCACAUUUUGGAGAAAUGUGGGACAGUGAAGUCCAGACGAAAUCGUUUGAAGAUAAGGACGAAACUGAAAUAAUUGAAUACAUUUUGGAAGAUGAUGCUGAAGCGUAUAAGAAGGAAGAGGAAGUUCAGUUAACAUAGAAAGCAGCCAACAAUUACAGUUCGCAAAACUGCUAAAAUGCAGAACCAUGCGGAAGAUGAUUGGAAUGAUUCUGCAACCACAAACAAAAGAAAAGGACCUCAACGUGGGACUAGAGACAGACGAAGUAGAUGUACACCAGCGACUGCAACAAUGUUGGGCACAAAAGUGAACAAAUGGAUGCAUCAAUAUUACAAGCGCAAAAGGACUAAAUUUAAGAAAGUUAAGUUUAAGUACCAUAUAUAUAAAUAUUCAUAUACAGUCCAGUAGUUUUAAAUAAUCAUUUCUUUCCCUCGGAAAUAUGUUCAAAUAUCAUUGAACAUGCUUACUUAUCAGCAAAGCCGAAAUUCUACUAAAUAGAAAUAUCUAUUUAUAUAUUAAUAUACAUACAUACAUACAUAAACAACUACAUGCAUUUAAAUGCAAUGUGCAUCUAAUAAUAAUAAAAAUGCAUGGGACAGAAAUCAUACACCCCUAUCACGCAUUUCGACUUGGAUUGAAAUUUUCUCCGUUUGGCGACUUUGGUAUCAUGCGUUCCGUUCCCGUUCAGUUCAACUUCGAAAUUUACAAUUCUGCCUAUCAUGCAUUUCGAUCGUAGCUCCGUUUUGCUAAGUUGCAAUUUUGUUGGCGGAGAACUUUUUUUGUUUUUAUUUUGCUGCGAAAAUUUUAUUAUUUGCGUGAUUUUUUUUUUAAUUUUUUAAAAAUGUAAGUAAAACUUGUAUUUAAAAGUUGUAAAACACACGAUAUUUCCAGUUUUAGUGAUGUUUUUUGAUAUGCUUUCAGGUCAAAAACAACAACACCAGAGCAAUAUGGAAAAUUGGCAGAUAUGAUGGAGAGUAAGCUAGAUAUAGCCAACGGUUUCCCCCAGCGUCCUAAGACGCUGUGCAGGCUUUUUGGAAAGAGGUAGCAUCAAAUUUACUUGCCGUCGUUUCUUCCGCAAACGUAUCUAGGACAUACUUGAAUGCGUCCUUAUUCAGACGAAAGUUUUUUUGAAUCUAAAUAAGUAAACAAAUUGUAAGAAAAAUGUAUACUUUCACGUGCAAUUACUUACAGCCCGUCAUUCAUCUGGAAGGGAUCGCACAUAUCUCGUAAUCCUUUCAAUUCUCACCCCAGCAUUCUGAGAUGCGCUGCUCUCCUCCUCAACCAGUAAUAUCGCCGCGGAUAAAGAUUCCAUAGUUACGUUUAAUAAAAAUAAAAAUAAAAAGUUUCACAUAUUUCAAAGCAAACAGCUGAUUUCGAAAGAGUUAUAGCUCUUCCUCUUCUUCUUUCAAUCCAAUCGCAACGCAUGAUACCUAAUUUCGAUUCCGGCGGAGCGUAGAGCGGGAACGUAAUCGAAAUGCAUGAUACGGGUGAUAAAUUUUCAGAAGAGAUAACAUCACACACACACACUUACUUAUGUAUUAAAUUGUACACUUCAAAACAACCCCAUGUCAAGCAGCAAUAAACUAUAUGCUGCAAUACAUAUAAACAUACACACAUACACAUAUAUUUAGUUAUUUAAGAUAGUUUUAAAAUUUGUAUAUAAGUAAGGAAAAUACUAAAUAAAAAUAAGAAUGAAUAAGAUCUCCCUAAAUAAAAGUCUUGCAUUUCCCAUCACCAGAGGUAAGGAUUGUAAGAAACUAUAUUUGAGGUAUUAACACCAGUAGUAUUUAAUUUGGCUAUUGCUAUUGCUCUUACUUUGUCAAGAGCCACAGCAGAGCCAUAGCAUAACAAUGUACAUAUGUGAUCCGCUCUGCUCCGAGUUUUGUUAGGUAAAUAACUAUAGUAAUAGCGAGAGCAAAAAAUGAAGUACUGUGCUCUGCUCUGGCGUAGCGGGAGCAAGAAAUUGGGAGCGGUAGUAGAGCAGAGCUAAUGAAAAUUUUCAUGUGCUACAGCUCUCGCAUAUGUUUGUGGUUUUUUUCUUUUUUGUUUUUGCUAUUUUCCGUAUUCGCUUGCUCUAACAAGAUUGCAGAUUGCAAAAAUACUAUACCGAAAUAUACAAGGGCACGAGAGCACCCAUUGCAGAAUCUAGUGAUAUAUGAACGGCUGAUUCUGUCAAUUUAUUGUGAAUGACUAUUAUGCUAUUGUGAAUUGGCGCACCUUCUGCAUACAUUUUUAACAAAAAAACUGUAACAAAUCUUUAUAUGUAAUUUAAAUAAAAAUUAUAAAAUCUAUUUAAAACUUACCGUCCUCAACAAUUUAACAACGUAAUAUGUCUUUAUGUAAAAUGACAGCUAAAACAGGGUUGCAAUUAUAUUUUUGCGUGAUAUUGCACGCAAAUAUACAUGGUUUUUGGUCUGACAUAUUUUACUGCCAUUGCAAAUAAUUUUCCGCGUGUGUUUGUUGUUGUGCCGGUGCACCAAGAGGAAAUAUAUGCAAUUCUUGCACCGUGCAAUGGUUUUGCAAGAGCAAGCGAAUACCCCUUAUGUAUGUAUAUAGUAUAUAAACUAUACGAACGGCUGAACCGAUUUGUCGGAAAAUUGGUGGGGAGGUAGCUUAGAAGCAAGGUAAGGACAUUGGAUACUUUUUAUCUCUUUAUCUUAAAAUUCAAUACAACUCAUAAAUACAAAAAAUAUAUUCAAAUCAAAAGCAUUUGUUCAAAAUUUUUGUAAAAAUCAUUUGAAAAUUUUAGUAAUUAAAAAAUAGAAAGAAAUAUGUAAGUAAAAAUUUUCAUAUCCAUACAUCUUAGUAUAUGGGUUAUACUGAUUUUGCUUCUGAACCGGGCAGUUUUUUUUUAGAACGAACGAAUUAAUUAGCGAAUUACUUUGAACGUGCCUGUGCCUAGGCGAAUUUAACCCUCGUUAAGCCCACCAACGGGUCUGGCCAGGCAAAUUUUGUUUUUAAAUGCUAUUUAAAUAUAUUUAGAGUGUAGCAAACGACUUGCGCUUCCAGGUAGCUUCCUAGAAUUUUAUUGUCUAUAGAAUUCAGAAAAAAAAAUUCAAGGAUAUCGUAUCGAAAAGGACGAAAAAAGGAUAUUAUAAUAUUACACCUUAGUCGAGACCAAUGGUGCUUGGCUAAACCCCAUAUAUUUUGUAUGAAAAUAUAUGAACUUUGGAAUGUUUCUAUCACUUCGCACGGUUGAUUUAAAUGUUUUCAUGUUUGUUACAUGUCCAAAUUGGUUUGUAUGUUUAUCUGGGUCAAAUACUUUAGCCGCUAGAGCGUUUUAAAGGUUAAGAAAAAAUGUAUUUUUUCUCAAAAUGUUACAUUUUUUGUGAACGCUAUUGCGACGCCCCUGGUAGGGAUAGCGGGAAGGUUGAGGGCUUUCCUGAAAGCUCCAGGGAUGAACUAACUCGCAAAAUGGUUUUGAUCUCCCCCGGCCCCAUACCCCCCACAACUGUAGUGAAACAAAGGGGGGGACAUGGUGAAAACCCAUUUUCGCUUAUUGCCACGCCCCCGGUGGGGCCUUGGGGGCAAUUGGAAUUAUACAUUUCCUGAAAGCUCUUUAAAUUACCCAACCGGUGCAAUUUAUUUGACCUACUUACGUCAAAUACUUUAGCCGCUAGAGCGUUUUAAAAGGUUAAGAAAAAUGUAUUUUUUCUCAAAAUGUUACAUUUUUUGUGAACGCUUUUGCUACGCCAAGCGUGAACAAGGCGGUCAAUUUGAUUUCAAUCAAAUCGAGAGGUAAGAAAUUUCAAAAAUGUAUCUAUAUUGUACAUAUAUGAGCGUAAAUACAAAACGUAUUUCCAUACAAAUGUAUGUAAACACAUAGGGGCCUAGCCAAGCACCAUUGGUCUCGACUAAGUGUAUCAGACCGUUGGUCUCGACGAGGGUUAAAAGUUGCCGGUUAAGAAAACGUCCGUUCGCGAUAAUGGUUUUUGUACAAUAGAAUUCUUUAUUUCCAGAAUUUCAUGGUUUAACGUAAAACUUAACCUAAUGUCUUAAACUAGUAUGUAUGUACAUAUAUGUAGGUAAAAUUAAUUUCGGAAAUUCAUAGUAAUUGAGUAUUGUAUUACAUGCCGUUUUUGGUAAUAUAAAAAUGGUAAAUAUUUUAUAUAAUAUAAAACACAUUUUAUAAUUUAUUUCUUAAAAUAUUUGAUUUUAGAUUUAUAAAGUCACUUGACGCAACAAGUGCCAAAAUGAUUUGCAUAACAUUUUUUGGUUCAAAUAUUAUGACAGAAAAUAACAAAAAAAAACAACAACAAACACAUGCGGAGCUGUAGCAAAUGAAAACUUUCAUUAGCUCCGCUCUACUACCGCUCCAAAUUUUUUUUGCUACAGCUACGCCAGAGCAGAUCACAGCAUUUUUGCUCUAGGUACAACUACAUAUAGUUUUUUAUCUAACAAAACUCUGAGCAGAGCAGAGCACAUACUUUUACAUUGUUAUGCUAUGGCUCUGCUGUGGCUCCCGACAAAGUGAGAGCGGUAGCGAUAGCAAAGCAAUA